AGGCACAGGCAAGACAAAGACAAUCACAUCUUUGAUUCUGGCAUGCGCGGCGAAUGGUCAACGCGUUCUGACCUGUGGCCCGACCAACGUCGCCGCUCUUGAGAUUGCGCAACGAACGUGGCAAAUGGUGCAACGCGGAGUUGCGCCGGGAAAUGUCCGCAAAGCGCAGAUUUGCAUCGUGGCCAGCGAGGAUCGUGUUGGGAUCACCCUCGACCACCCGCUCUCUCCAAUGAUGCUCGACCAUCGAAAGAAGCGUGUGAAACGUGUGGCGAAGGUGGGUUUCCGCGAGCUGGUGCCCAUGCUGCGUGACAUUUUGGAAAGACCACGGUGGUUCUUCCGACUUUGGCGAACCCUAGCCCUUAGGGGAAACAAUGCUGAAACAUGGGAGUCUAUUGGUCCCAGAGUUGUGCAGACGAAGAGAACAUACAAAGAGAUUGAAGACAGGCCUUACGAUGAAUUCCCAGCACCGGGCACUGUCCCUGAUGACACGGACGAGGCCUUUCGCACCUUCCUGGCCACCCAGGCGUUCGAGGACGACUUGACGACCGCAGUUGCACAUUUGCCGCAGCACGUGCAAGAUCAGGGUGGAACUGGCAAUGAAGGGGGCGAGGAAAGGCCCUCCGAGCUCAUGCAGCAAUUGGAAGACCUCCAGUAUUUCUUGGAUCGCGUCUACCAGCAGAUCAAGGCUGUGCGAACUGCUUUGCAAAGAGGAACAGUUCCGGAUGAGACUUGCCCCAAGGGCCCCAGGGUGGAACGCAAGGCUGAUGACGAAAAUCCUUGGGCCAACUUCGAAGCAGCGCACGAUCUGCAAAGGGCGGUGAACGAUUGGAAUGUCGCCUGCCACGAGGUGAUGAGCUGCUAUUCUGAAGAAUUGCGAGAUCUCAUCCUUCAGGGUGCACAGGUCAUGCGCAGACAUGUGCAGCGGUUGAUUCUGGUCGGCGACCCGGAGCAGUACAGAAUGCUGCCUUUGAUCGCGGACUUCCCGAACAGCGCAUUCUACAAUGGCGAGGUGGUCAACGAUGACGCCAAGCUGCAGUUCUCCAUGAAGAAGGGCCCGAAUAAAGCGGCCAAUGCGGGUCCAGUACACAAAGAGACGACAAUGUCCGUUCAGGACGCAUUUUUGAAAACCCUGCACGGGAGAGACCUUGAAAUCGCGCGAUCACUGGGCUGCGCCUCCCAAGAAGAAUUGGAUAUCGAGAAGCGGAAGCUGGAGGAGCGAAAGGCCAAAGCAGAAAUCGCACAAAAGAAGAAUCUGCGGGACAAUGAGUGGAAGAGGCAAUGCGAAAUUAAUUACGAGAAGGAGCAGCGGCAAAAGCAGAGAGAGGAAAGCAAGUGGAAGAAGCAGUUGGAGGACGUCAAGAAAAAGGCAUUCUCGCAAGGUGUUCUUGAGGCGUACGAUUAUGGAGAUGGCGUGUGGUGGGUGCAGUUGCAAGACAAAAAGUGGAUGGAAGUGCAGGGGCGGUACUACUGCGAAUACUGCAACAAGCAUCUCAAUGACAAUACCCUCGAGGCCCACAUAGAUUCGGAGGCGCACAAGAAGAAGCACGCGUGGGCCACUCCAGCUUUGGCAGGUCCUCCUGCCCCGCCGCCUGUGGCAGCUCCACGCGGGCCUGCGCCGGCGCCGCCCUUGACGGCCUCCUUGUCACCCGUGUGCCCACCAGUGGCACACCUCCUAGACUGGCAGCAGGUAGGGCCUGAUGGUUUGGUCCGCUGCAUUCCCUGUAACAAAGUUGUCGAUGACAACCACAUUGGAACAGGAGAUCACUGUCGAAGAUUGGAGGCCUGGCGAGAAUAUGAGAGGCUGAAGAAGACCGGCCAUCCCGCCCCGGAAUUGGAAUACUUGGCAUGGGUCCCCAGCAUUGACGGCGAUCCGAACUCUGAGAAGUGGAAGAAGUGCCUCCUGUGUAAGAAGUGGGUUCAGGAUGAGACCUCGCAUUGCGGCACAGCUGCGAACCCACAAGGGUCCAAAGAGCACCAGAAAAAUUUGCGAAACUAUAUGGGCACUGCCUGGUACACUGAGAAUGUCAUCAAACUCCGGAAGCAAUAUCAUCCAGAACCAAAUGUUCGCUCCUCGUCGUACCCUGCGGCUGGACCGGCAAGCCCGGCCCCUUGGGCAAAAACGCCAGCACCAGCACUUGCAAAUGCAGCACCGCCGAUCCAUGCAACACCGCCAACACAAACGGUACCACGCGCAAAGGCAGCACCACCGGGCUUUAUGCCAGCCACCCCGUUCCUUACUGUCCAACCAGUUCCAGACGACCCCUGGGCACUUCCAGCAGAAGAAGUCCAUCAAGCCGCUCCUCAAGCCCCCUGGGACACAUAUUGUGCGAAGCCAACGCAGGUGCAGCCACCUUUCCCACCAUCUCCAACACGGCUUCCCUCGGAAACAGAGGUUGGCGAGGUUGAAGAAUGCUGA